AUGCUUGCUAGGCCUGCUCGGGAGGUUGCCUUCAUUCAACGUCUUUGUCCGCGGUCGGGCUCCAAAAACCAAGCAUGGAGACGAGGAUGUCGACAUCUUCAUCCCCAUCGUUGGGGGCCGCGAGGGUUAUACAGACGAGACGUACUGCGGCGAACCUACAUUAUCCAAGGGGAUUCAUCUAUCGCCCGAAGGUGCACGCUUGGUGGCAUCAUUAGUACUGUUUCGCGGGAUGGGGAAAGAAGGCUAUAUGGCCUAACCGUCGGCCACGUUCUGUUGGACGACUCGGAUAACGACCUUGCUUUGGACGACUGGGACCUUCAACUUUCAGACUCUGAAAGUGAGGACGAGCCAGACGAUGAUAUCGAACCAGGGCCCGAGGAGACUGAGUCCUUACCCGCCAUGGACAAUUCCCAGCUGGCUUCGGAAGGCAAUCAUGGUCCCUUUGCGUCUUGGUCAUCUUCCAAGAUGAGCAAGAUCGGGUGCAUUGCCAAGGACUCUCUGGCUCAAAUAGCCACGCCUAACAUGAUGGGCGAAGAUGCGGGGGGGUACUAUGACUGGGCACUGAUUGAGAUGAAGCAACACAAACCGAACCGGAUCCGACCAAGAAAACUACCCAACGGGGAGAUUCAAGGGGAGGAUAUCGGAUCCGGAGAUCUCUUAAUGCCGACCACACCACCUUGCAGUAGUGGAAAGAGACAGUCGGUCACUCUACUGAGUGGAUCAGGAGGGUUGAAACGAGGAUAUCUGUCGCCUUUGCCUUCAAGACUGCUUCUCGGUCCCGGACACGCGUUUGUGGACACACUUAUCCUCAAUCUGGAUGAUGAUCAGCAAAUCCAGGGUGGUGACUCGGGGUCGUGGGUGGUCAAUGAGGGAACCCUCGAGGUAUAUGGCUACGUCGUCGCCGCAGAUUCUUUUGGUGGGGGCUAUGUCAUUCCUCUUCUUGAAGCCAUUCGGAGCAUCAGUGCCUCACUGGGAUUGUUCUCUGUUCGUCUCGCUAUCACAGCCGACAUGGCAGCUGUCAAGCUGGAAGGUGACCGAUCCGCGGCGGACGGGCUACCCUCCCCUUUCCAAGAAGUUGAACAGCACGAUGAGCGGGCAAACGUGUCACGGGAUAUCUUUGAGAUCCUCAGUGCACAAAACUGCAAGCCUCCGACGGCAAAAUGGCAGCCUGACUCGGGGUAUUCUUCUAUGGAUAAGUAUGCCCCAUGA